AGAAAGAAAGACAACAAGCACAGUUUUGGCCGGUAAGCGCGGAGCAGAAGUGGAUUUGGCAGCCAGCGGGGCGGUGCUGUCGUCGCGGCUCGCGCUGUGCCUAUAUAAAGCCUCGCUCUGAGCGUGUCGGCCAUUCCGCUCCUGUCGUCUGCGCUGCGUGAACUUGUCGUCGCUGGUUUACCUUGUCGACGCAUCGUCGUUAACCUCGCUCUUCCUCUCACCAUGGCUGAUACUGCGUCCGAUUCACCAGCUGCUGCCUCUGCUACAGCCCUCGGCAAGAAAGCUGCCAAGGCUAAGAAGCCAGCGAAGCCGUCCGAACACCCGAAGUACAACAUCAUGAUUGCUGCCGCCAUCGACUCUUUGAAAGAACGUGGUGGCUCGUCUCGCCAGGCCAUCCUCAAGUACAUCCAGUCCAACUACAAAGUGGGCGACGAGGUGGCCAAGAUCAACGCUCGCUUGAAGACUGCCCUGAAAGCUGGGGUCAAGGCCGGGACCCUCAAGCAGUCCAAGGGGACUGGGGCAUCUGGAUCCUUCCGUUUGGGCGAGAAGAAAGUCGUCGCCGCGGUUAAGCCAAAGAAGGCCAAAAAGCCCAAGGCUGUGGUCAAGAAGCCCAAGUCGCCCAAGAAGCCUGCCGCCAAGAAACUCAAGGCUUCCCCCAAGAAGGCUGCAGCUGCCAAGAAGCCUAAAGCCGCUGCUGCCACCAAGAAACCUAAGGCUUCCCCCAAGAAGGCUGCAGCCAAGCCUAAGGCUUCAAAGCCAGCUGCAGCAAAGAAGCCCAAGGCUGCCAAACCAGCUGCCAAGAAAGCACCGAAAAGUCCGGCUAAGAAGGCAGCCAAGCCCAAGGCUUCCAAGGCUUAAGCCUCUUUUUUGACACCUAUUUCCCACUCACAAAGGUCCUCUUUCUGAGGACCACACAUUUUCCAGGUGAGAGCAUAUCUCUCCACCGAAAGUUUGCAAAUGUGUUUUACCUGUGUUUCUUUUUUACUUUUCAGAAAGUUAUGCAAAACUAGCCCCUUCCAUCUACCUCCAAAUAACAAAUGGUUUAAGCACUUUUGAGCAACCUAAAUUUUUUGAAGCUGUUACAUUUGCUUUUCCUUUUUCUAGGACCAAGAAUCUUUAGAAUAGAAUCAACUUGAAUUAAGUUCAUCAUCCUCCAUACAAACUUAUCUUUUGGGA